UUGUAUAGUACAAUUCAGGAUUCCGCAAAACGACGUGAGUACGAUCACUGGCUUCGUGAGCAAAAUUAUCGUAGAAACAAGGGCACAAUCGCUGAGAGAAUAGAGAUUAGUGAAGACGACACCGAGCCUAUAGUGGAGCCCUGCCGUUGCGGCGACAACUAUGAGAUCUCGUUAGAGGAGGUGCGCAAACAUCUUAUCGCUAUUGCAGAACAACCUAUGAGGAUACAAUUAGAUAUGCUUCAGAUUCAGAAAAUUGUUGAUAUCGGUGUCUUCGAGUGUUGUUCUUGUUCACUCUGUCUAGAAGUUGUGAAAGCUAGACCAUCAAUUCAACUAAUAUUGUGCUUAAGACCCAGUGCUGAUAGCCCCAGUACAAUUGGUGCUUCCAUAUCAAUGGCGUGGCAUGAGUACAAGGCAGGCACUUCCGAGCAACGAUCCGAACUGAUGGAACUUUGGGAUAUUGGAGGUUCAGGUGCGCAUCGUGCCGCUUCAGCAGUCUUUCUGGAUGGAGCUGCAGGUGUGAUUUUGGUGCACGAUUUGAGCAACAAGAAAAGUGAAGAGUGGCUUACAUUGAUAGAUGGGAAGCCUCGUUCCAUUGGCUCCUCAGCAUCUCGUUCCUUAUUGGCUGAUAUAGAGUCUUGUCACAUUCCAAUUCUCACUGUAGGGUGUAAGUUGGAUUUGGCUCCGCACAGGGGACCCUCUGCCUAUGACAGAAUGAACAUCAAUUGUCUUCGGCCUAUCCCUCCUGGCUCCACUGCGAGCAUGGCGUUGGCACGGUAUGUGAGAUUCUUAUCUAUUCAAAGAGACAAACUUGAACUCGUUAUCGAUUAA